UAUGUGCUUUUGUGGUGAUCCUUGCAAGGUAGAAAUUUCGGAAGACGAGGAAACCUAUCGGCAGAGGUAUUGGAUGUGUUCGAAUUUUGCCUGGGAGCCUACGCCAAAACAACGCCGCAGUAACUUUAUUACCCCUCCACCAUUGUGUGAUUUUGAGCAGUGGAUCGACACUGAGGUUAAGGAGUCCGACAAGCGGCUUCUACAAGGCCUAAAGGAGUGGGAUGCAGAGCGUGCAGAGAUAUUAGAGAAGAGACGUAGAGAGGAGGCUCAAAAGAGGGAGCACAAGGAAGAGGAGGAAAGAAGACGUGUUGCUGCAGCUCGGGAGGAGAGGGAAAAGAAGCUUGAGCGUGUGCGCCGAGCGAAGGCAGCUAUUGAUGAGAAUCCAGAUGCCCAGAGGAAGGGAAAGUGGCCUCGUUGCACUCAGUAGUUACAUUACCUUCUUGUUCUUUGUUUGGUUCAUGGACAAUAUUGUUUUGUGUUGGACUUUUCAAUUUGUUGUUAUGUAAUGCACUUUAGCAAUUUUAAUUUGGUUUCAUUAUUAGUAGACAAUAUUUUUAUUUGAGUAUUGCAUAGGCAAUGAAAUGAGGAUAAUUAGUUGAAAUAGAAGUU